UACUUAUAUGUAUGAGCAGCAUGGAUCGCAUGGAAAUAUUUCUGCGCUGAGCCACAGCUCUCUCUUCCCGUCCACUUGCUCGUCUAUUCGACUGCAGGUUCGUGCCAGCCAUGAAAGCACCCAAACUCAGCUCAUGACGAUCUGGCCAUUUGGGAAAGCGAACAAGCGCCAGCUCUCUCCAACGUGUGUAGUCGACAGAACAUCGCCAUACUUCCUCAAAGAUGUAUCCCUCACCGCAUCUCAUACUUGACCUCGCUGCCAGGGCAUACACACUGCCGCACAUUGCCCUGCGCCUCGCCUUCUUCUACCUCCUUGGCACUCAGGUCUUCCCCAAGGCACGCCAGUCGACCUUCGCCGCUGUCGCUCUGUCAGGUAUCGGCCAUGCCCUGGAUCAGUCAGUGUUCCAGAGGUCCCAACGUCACUACACGCUCACGCAGCUCCGGCCAGGUCUGAAGAGCGUCGUCGGACCACCAAGGCCUACCUUUGUUGAGCACUACACCCUGUUCGUCAUGGGAUCAGGUGGCCACACCGCCGAGAUGCUUUCCAUGAUCGAGCGGAGCAUUCGCCCCCUCGGCCUUGAUUCCAAGGGGACAAGGGACUUCGGAAGAACUAGGCAGCUGCGCCGCUACAUUAUCUCUCACGGCGACGACAUGAGCGUGCGCAAAGUGCAAGCUCUCGAGGCAGACAUCGCCGCCCGCUUUGCCGCCAUCGGCGCAGACUCUGGAGCCUACGACAUCAAGCUCGUCUCUCGCGCCCGGCGCGUCCACCAGAGCUGGCUGUCCACGCCGGCGUCCUUCGCGAGGAGCAUCCUGAGCAUCGGCGCCGCUCUGUUCGCAAGACAUUCUGCUGCUGCUGCUGCUGCUGCUGCUGCCGCCGCCGGCCGCUCACAGACAGCAGCAGCAGCAGCAGUAGUAGGGGUGUCCGGGCCGCGCUUCCCCGGCGUGAUUGUGACCAACGGCCCGGCAACGGCCUUUGCCGUGGUCCUGGUGUCGCACCUCCUGCGGAUGGCACGUCUCGUCCCGCAGACGCACAUGCACGCCAUCUAUGUCGAGAGCUUCGCCAAGGUGUCCACGCUCAGCUUGACGGGGAAGCUCCUGUAUAUGCUGGACCUGGCAGACCAGUUCAUCGUGCAGUGGCCGAGGCUACGGGAGAAGUAUCCCCGCGCGCAGCUCUGCAUGUACUUUUCAGUAAGGCCGGCGGAUCCGGUCGUCCCUGUGGUUUGA